ACACACAUGGCCGCCUACGAUAUUUUGGUCUUCUCUCGAAAGAAACUACCAAGGUUUCGAAGUGAAAAUGGUGUACCGUUCACCGAACCAGCUCAGCCACUGUAGCCGAAACCUCUCCUUCACCUGAAAUUUAAACCACCGUUCGUGAAACUAAAGCCGGGCUGGGACAGCUACAACUCCGAUAGGCAGUGUGGGUGCUGUGAUGUCCUCGCCCUCCAGCAUAUUUAGAAAGUCACACUGCACUUCGCUGACUGCUCACCACAAGGUAGCGCACCUCGCAGCCUACCCUGAGAAACAAAAACAUGGCUGACACUGGUGCCAGUAGUGAUGAAGGAGGGAUGGAAGUGACGAGUGAACCUCCUCGACAAGAGGUUGACGAAGGAGCCCUCACUCCCGCCAAACGUGCCCGGCUGUGUGAUGAGGAACAAUUGCAGGAUAGGACCCUCGACCCUCCUGAGAUCUAUGGAGAUGCACCAGAACAAGCAAACACGGAGCAGGAUGACCAACGUAAAGUACUUUCUGCAAUCCAUGGCUUAUUGGAAGAGCCGCCCCUUCAUGUCGAUGAUGGAGUAAGCGUGGAGGUAAAGACUGCGACUGGGAGCACCCAGAUGCAGCAGUGCCGUCAUCAAAAUGGCAACGGAGGCCAUGAUGCUCCUUCAGAGGAAGGAGAGAUGCAACCAGAAGAGGAGAACGAGGAGGAGAACCGUAAUGAUACAAAUAAAGCGCAACACCUUGCCUUAGACUUCUCCCAGAACCCCCAGGUGCUGACUAGCUCCUGGAGUGAAUACUCCAACUUCCCAGAGAAUUACCUCAAAGGUUGCAAAUGGGCUCCGGAUGGUUCCUGCAUCCUAAGCAACAGUGCAGACAAUGUGCUCCGCGUGUACAACCUCCCUCCAGAGACUUAUACGUACAACUGGGACGUGCUGGCCGAGAUGAGUCCAGUGCUGAGGAUGGCUGAAGGAGACACCAUCUACGACUACUGCUGGUACCCCAAAAUGAACUCGAUGGACCCCGACUCGUGCUUUCUGGCUAGCAGUAGCCGUGACAACCCAGUCCACAUCUGGGAUGCCUUCUACGGGGAGGUGCGAGCCAGCUUCCGGCCCUACAACCACCUGGACGAGCUGACGGCCGCCCACUCGCUCUGCUUCACCCCGGACGGCUCGCAGCUCUACUGCGGCUUUGACAAAGCUGUUCGCGUCUUCUACACGGACCGACCAGGGCGAGACUGUGAGGAGCGGCCCACCAUAGUUAAGAAGCAGAGCGGCCAGAACGGCAUUAUUUCCUGCAUCGCCUUCAGCCCCUGCCAAUCACUCUACGCCUGCGGCUCAUACUCUCGCUGUGCUGGCCUCUACUCGUGCCAGGACGGCACCCUGCUGGCCCUGUUGCCCACCCGCCACCAUGGGGGGCUCACCCACCUGCUCUUCUCGCCCGAUGGCAACUACCUGUACACGGGCGGGCGCAAGGAUCCAGAAAUUCUGUGCUGGGACCUUCGAGAGCCUGGUCAAGUGGUGUUCUCCUUCAAGCGGAACGUGGCCACCAAUCAGCGCAUCUAUUUUGACCUUGACCCGUCGGGCAGGUACCUGCUGAGCGGGGACACGGAAGGAAUGUUAUCAGUGUGGGACAUCACUGUGAUGCAGCCCAGUGGAAGUGAGGAGCUACUGCAGCCCCAGCUCAGGUUCCAGGCCCAUUGGGACUGCACCAAUGGCAUCAGCAUCCAUCCCUUCUUGCCACUCCUCGCCACGUCCAGCGGCCAGCGUCAGUUCCCUUGGCCCAGCGACGGCGAGACUGAAUCGUCCUCUGACAGCGAGGAUGGUGACACCGCCAUCUCCACUGCCACCUCACCACAGGCAAGCCGCCAAGACAACGGGCUGCGCCUGUGGUGGGCCGGACCAUGCAGCCCUGCCUUAGAGGAGCAGGAACAGAAUGCGACGGUAACGGAUGCCUGAGGCGGCUAAAGGUGAACUAUUAAGAAGCCUUGUGCACAACUUUCUGUGCCAAUAAAGUAAGGAUGCACAUAAAGACAUUUAUGGGAGAAAGGUUAUAUUUUUAUGCAAGUUUUUUGUUUUGUAUGUUAUACGCCAAAAGUCUAUUUUGUACUCAAAUGCACAUCAUGUUAGUUGUGUCUGCGUUUCCGGACAUUCUAACCGUAAGUGAACCUUUAAAAAAAUCCUCUAUUUUUUUAAGGAAAGCUUGAAAGUUUGGGUGCAUUGCAGUGUCACUACAUGUAGUUCUGAUCCAAAUUUUAAGACUAGUUGAAAAAUUGCAAGUAUUUACAUUUUGGAGGUUCUACGUACAGCUUAAAAAUCCAAAAAGCUUUUUUUGCCUUUGCUAUCAAGAGAUCGCGACAGUGUGAAUACCUAACAGAAAAUGACAAAUGCACUUUUUUGCCAAGAUUUUUGCUUUUAAAGGCUUUGGUCUUAAAACUUUUGAUCAGCUGAUGAACAGCUUAUUUCACUGUAAUGCUUGUUUGCAAUAAAUUACUUACUCUAUUUUUGUUUUUGGUCUCUCUCCCAUUACUUCUUUUUGCAUUUUGAAGCACGACUUUGAACCUCCUUAAGAUCCAACAGUGCAAAAUGUAAAUUCUUGUCAUUUUUCAGCUGGUCUUAACAUUCUGAUCAGGAAUGUAUGUGCAAGCCCACCGAGGCUUUGUCCACAUGCGUAUACACAGCAGUUGUUUGCUUUUUCUGCUCCACAUUUAGGAACAUAAGCAUACGAAAACACAUUCGUUGGCUGACAAGUGCAUGCCAAACAGUGGGUGGUAUUACUAGGGCUGUCAAAUGAUAACAAAAAAUGUAAUCGGAUUAAUCACAUUUUUUAAAUUAAUCAUGAUUAAUCACCAUUAGCAGCUAUGUGUAAAAUAUGCCCAUUUUUACUGUAAUUAAUACAAAGAUAAAUGACAGGACAGCAUUAUAUGUAUUAUAUUAUAUAUGUAUUAUAUGUAUUUUUUGUAUGUAUUAACCACUCCAAAUGAAUUGAAUAUGUCAAUCAAGCUAAAAGAUACCACACAAGUCUAAAAAUCUGUUUGUCUAACACUCGUCGCUUUAAUAGUAGCAGAACAUUUGAAUCACACUUUAAAACGUGUUAUUAUGAGCAAUGAGGGGUUGUGUUCAAAGACAUCACGUAAUUUAAGGUAGAAUUACUUGUUUUCAGUCUAUUUUCCAGCGUACUUAAAUGUAGAAAAUUGUACAUCCGAAUUAAGAGUUAGGAAGUGAAUGAUAAGAAUAUCCACUUCAUGUUUUUCUCUAUCUGCCUGUUUAUUUACACACAAAAAUAUAAAGCUGUUCUUUGUGAUAUUCGGAGUGUCCCUGAAUGUGUCUCGCAAUCUUGUAACUAGAAUGAGGAAGUGUCGUUCCCAGGAUGGACGGACGAGAUACGCAUGUGAGUUGGAAAUACAUACAGUGUAUAUAGUGUUGGAAUUGUACUGCUCUUGAUGUGUUCAGGUCAGAAUGAAGUUAUAAAAGAGCGUCAGACUCUGUGACUGUGUGGGGACGCUCUACUGUGCCUCUGUCUGCCGUCAUAACAGAGAGGCGUACUUGCUCUGGUACGCAUACGUUAAUUACACAAAAACAUUUAACGUGACCGCCAUUUUUGACAGCCCUAAUUAUAGCCCCUAUUUGUAAAGGCAUUUUAGCCAAUCGGAAGCCUGAAGAAGGUUAGUUCUUGCACAUUAACAGAUAAAGAUAAGGGGCUUGACUUGAUAUAAAGUUAUGAAAGCAAUAAAUGUAAAUGAAUAAUUACAAUAAAUACACUUGUAUGUAUAUCAUGUGGACAUGGCGUAAAGUUUUUGAUGAAGUUAUAUCGGUUUCUUUGGCCACUGAUGAUGUCUUAAAGUGUGCCACAGCGGGGCGCUGUGACCGCUCUCCUAAGCAAUUAAAAAGGCACAUUUCUUAACAAGCUUGGUGUUCCUCUGUAUUGAAGAUGUCUGUCCACCUUUGCUAUUCGAAAGCAGAUACCCGGGAGCCACAGCGAUGUAGGGAAAGCGACUGUGAUGGGGCGGGAGGAUGUAACACUGAGCUAGAUGCAGAGCUGCACUGCUCUGCGGCGCCUGUUGCUUAGCGACCGUCUCCACCUCAGGAGGGGAUAGAUGGUACAAAGACAACAGGGAGGACAUAAAAAAAAGGAGGCAAAAAUGAAAUAAAAGCGUAAUAAAAGAUCCACGGUUGCUUGCGUUGUGUUGUAGUUAAUUUUUGUCGUCACGGUUGCAAAGCCACUCUUGUUGUAAAUCGUACUUGGAAAAAUCCCACGUUUUCAUGAGCAGUGACUGGUCUUCAAUAUGCACCACAAACUCUCCCUUGGUAAGAU